AUGGCAUUUGCGCGCCAAAGGUGCAGCUCCAUCCAAGUAGCACCGAACAAGACAUACCGACAACAAGCCAUUGAAACCGUAAUGGGCCACCUCAAUCGGUAUCUCGGUAGGUGGAUUCGUAUUCGGGAUAUACUAACUUGCUGUGGCGCUAUCAAUCUCAGAUUUGCCGUCUUGCGAAUUCAAUCGGACAUUGAUGUUUCUUUCUCGAUAUAUCUGCCACCGCGGCUUCCGAUACGAGAAAUUCCGAUUGGUUCCACAUGGAAUAUUUCGAUCUUUUCCGUCAGUCGAGGGUCUUUCUAUCCUAUAUUCCUCGGCGUAACUUCACAGCACUUUUGAUGGCUCAAAUUAUCCAUUGCAUUCGG